GACAAAAGCCGAACGUCUUUGCCAGCUUUAAUUAUAUUAUUGAAGCAGUUCCUAAGGUUAUUACGUAAAUCCGUUAAGAGCAAAUACAUUGUUUAUUCAAUAGCCAAUAGAAUCCCAGCCUUUCAAGGUAGAGAAGUUCGCUCUGUGUAGAUAUACAAACAGUGUAUGUCGAUCAAAUCAAGUCUGAUCACUUUUAACCGGAAGAAAAAUGCAGCUUACGUUUCGUGUACAUUACUUGAUUCAUGUUGUUUUUUCGCGGAGUGAUUAAUGACUAGACAAGAUACGACGAACUUGAAAGCUUGUGUACAUGCGAGGUGGUAACAUUAUUGCUUUCGAUUUGAUUGGAUUGAAAGAUUUAAAGAAGUACGUAAGAUUAUACCCCGUUGACCGAUCGAGGGAUUUUACAACAACUGCGUAUUCGAUCGUGACGAUCUGUGAAAGGUACGGAUUUUGGAAUUCGUAAGCCCUCACUGACCUUUCAGACAACCGAAGAUGGCCAACGGCACGGCAACAACAACUCUAAACAUUUCAACAACCGUCGCUGCGGAGGUCCAUUCGUUUAACUUCACGAUCAAAUUCAUUUCCACCUUUCUUUUGAUUAUCAUCAUCAUCCUAACUCUUGUCGGUAAUUCGCUUGUCAUCCGGGCAUUUGUGGUCUUCCAGAAGUUGCGUAACGUGACUAACUACUUCGUGGUGUCCCUUGCUGUGACGGACAUCUUAGUGGCGGUGUUUUCAAUGCCAGUGUGGGUGGCCUACCUACUGACGGGGCCACAGUGGCGAUUCUCAAUGUGGUUGAUGAAGAUCUGGCAGUCCGUCGACAUCUUGUGCGGCGUGGCGUCAAUUUCCCAUCUUCUCCUCAUCAGCAUCGAGCGUUACAUCUGCAUCUCUACCCCGCUGACGUACCACAGUGUCGUGACAACGCCGAAGACACGCGUCGCCAUCUGCGCGGCGUGGUCCUUUGCGCUGCUCAUGACCGUAAUAAAGCUCGUGCUUUGGGGAAAGUCGCGGUCCACAGUUUACCAACUGGCCGCAUUCUCGCUGUGUUUUGCGGCGCCUGUGGUGAUUAUGAGCUACGCGUAUCUUAUGAUCUUCAAAGUUUCUCGCACUCAAGCCAAAAAGAUGGUGUUAAAGAUUGGUGAGAAAACAAAAAGAUUCUGUCUCCCAAAGGAACUAAAAGCUGCCAAGACAUUGGGCGUGGUGAUGGGGGCGUUUGUUAUCUGUUGGUUUCCGUUUUUCUUUCUCAAUAUCUUCAAUGCGCUUUGCCGUGAAUGCCAUAUUCAGGUAGAGGCAGUGAUGAUUGCAAAGGGACUUCAUUACUUCAACUCCUUUCUGAACCCCAUUAUCUACAGUCUGAUGAACCAGCAGUUCAAGACUGCCUUUAAACAUCUCUUCAAAUUCACGUACUCCAACUUAACCGGCAAAGUUCCCUCGCUCACAAAAUCAGAAAUCGACAGACAAUUAUCCAUCUCGACACGAACACGAGGAAUCUUUUCCUUGAAAAGCAAAUCAUCUAUGCUCGACAAAGCCAACGGCACGACAGAACUGUGGGUGACUUGUCAGGAAAAAACUUUGCAGUCGUCUAGCCAGUAAAUAACCCGGGUGAAUAACACAUUUGCAACGAAAUAUUUACAAAAGGAACUUUUCAACUAUCUUGCCUAACUAUCUAACAUAGCUAUCAAUGGCUCAUCCAAAUAUAUACUUACGUAAGUACAAUUUGAGACUGUUAGAAAGUGCAGCUAAGAUUUCUUUCCAAUAGCCCUUUAACACGGUUACCUUUGCUCAUUUGCAUUAAAAUAAAAUCUAACAUGCAUGUGAGGCAAUUUCGGGCUAUUUUGUAGUUU